CAGGAAGCCCAUCAUUUUAACUUGGUUUUCAAAAUGGCGGACGAUAGUGAAUCCUCACAAGUGCAAAAAAUCUCAGCAAAAUCCAACAGACGAAGGUUUAUUGGUAGUCGAGCUGCUGGGUCAAAGAAUACUUCUACAUUAAGUGAAACUGGAAAAUUAGCUCAAAGAACAGUGGCUCAAAUUCCAGAUGAUAUUUUGAACAAUGCUGAAUUGCAAGAAGCAAUAAAACAGCUUCCAUCAAAUUAUAACUUUGAAAUAUACAAAACAGUUUGGAGAAUCAAAAGCAUUGGAGCCAAAAGAGUUGCACUUCAGAUGCCUGAAGGAUUACUACURUUUGCAUGUACAAUAGCUGAUAUUUUACAAAGAUUUACAGGGUGUGAUACAGUCAUCAUGGGUGAUGUGACAUAUGGAGCAUGUUGUGUAGAUGACUAUACAGCCCGUGCCUUGGGCUGUGAUCUGUUAGUACACUAUGGACAUAGCUGUCUUGUACCUGUUGAUGCCACUUCGGAUAUAAAGAUGCUUUAUGUAUUUGUCGACAUUAAAAUWGACAUUUCUCAUUUUGUGGAUUCAGUCAAGUUUAACAUCCCCCAGGGGUCUAGCAUUGCACUUGUUAGCACAAUCCAGUUUGUUGCUGCAUUACAGGCUGCAUCACAAGAACUGGCAAAGGACUAUAAAGUAGAAAUACCUCAAUGUAAACCAUUAUCUCCUGGAGAGAUACUUGGUUGUACUGCACCUAAACUUGCUGACAAGGAUGUUUUUAUAUAUCUUGGUGAUGGCCGGUUUCAUUUAGAGGCUGUAAUGAUAGCAAACCCAACAAUAUCAGCAUAUCGAUAUGAUCCAUAUGAAAAGGUGUUAAGCAAAGAAUACUAUGAUAUCAAGGCCAUGCAUGAAUCACGACAAAAAGCCAUACAAACUGCUAUGAAAGCAAAAAAAUAUGGUCUUAUAUUGGGUACUCUUGGUCGUCAAGGAAAUCCUAAGGUCUUAGAGAAUCUUGAAAAACAAAUUAAAUCUGCUGGUUUAGACAUWCUGACUGUAUUACUAUCUGAAAUCUUUCCUGAUAAACUGAAGCUUUUUGAAGAUAUUGAUGCAUGGGUCCAAGUGGCUUGUCCUCGUUUAUCCAUUGACUGGGGAACAGCGUUCUGUAAACCUCUCCUUUCACCUUAUGAGGCCUCUGUUGCACUGCAAGCCAUUCAAUGGCAGAAAGAUUACCCAAUGGAUUUCUACUCAUACAAUAGUUUGGGAUCAUGGACAGUAAAUAAUCAAGCAAACAGACCUGCUGCUGCCACCAGAAGAAGGGCAAAGGCAUCAGUAACAAAUAAAGUAUCAAAAAGUAAUGUUAAAAGUCAACCUAUAGAGGAAGGCUGUGGAUCAGGUAACACCUGUUGUGGUAAAUGUAGUAAGGAAGAAGCAGACAAYAUUAACAAAGAAAACGAUAAAAUCAUAUCAGACUAACAGACGAAUAAUAUAUUACUAAAUUUUCACCAAAACAUUAAUUGUAAAUAAUAUUUUUAAUGAUAAUGUUAAAAUAGCAUAUUUAUACUUGAAAUAAGAAAGCCAAUAAAGAGCAGAGAAAGAAUAACAUGUCAUUUCUUUAUGUUUUAUUUUUUUUACCAGGUAUUGAUAUAAACUACAUUUCUUUUAUGUUAUGUUCUAUAAAAACACAAUUGGAUGUCAC